UUAGAUAUAUUAGCAUACAGAAUGCAGUGGAUAUUCGCUAUCGUUUUGUGCCUUUGGGCAUCUGGAAUCGCUGAGGCGCGUCAGAUACGGAUUAAUCGUUAUGCGGCCAGUGUGCAGGAGGAUGAUGUGCAACAGGCGGAGGUCAAAGAGCUGAAGCCCACGCCAUAUCCGGCUGCUGGUUAUAGACCGCAGGGACGCGCCUUCUGGCUACCUGGCGAGGAAGGAUCAGGAUUCGGUGCCGAUCAAGUUACAACAACCACAGAGAUGCCAGUGGAUGAUGCCAUUACGAGCACAACGGAGUCACUUGACUUGAGCACAACAACAGUGCAAACAACCACAUUGGAUAAUCUGGAUGUCACGACAACAACUGCCACUCCUCUAGUUGAAUUUCGCUCUGGACGCGCCUAUGAAAAGGCGCCGUAUCCAGCAGCCGGCUAUCGACCAAGUCGCGCUUUUCUACUGCCCACAGAGCUCAAUCUCGACCAGCAGCAGCAGCAGCAGCAGCGGGAGCAGCAACAACAACAGAAGUUAGAUUCUUCAAAUGCAGAUCCAUUUCAAGCCGCUGAGGGAAAUGAAAAUCAUCCAGUUUGUGGUGUCAGCACAAAUCCAUUGAUGCCUACACCGGAGCCAGGAUCCAAGGACGAACCAGAUGCGGAAAGUGUUGUAAUCACCGCCAACCUGGGACCAGCUGUUCUCGUUGCCAGAACACCGGCAACUAAUGGACUCCCCGUGGCCAUUCCCCUACGCUCCCAACCCCUUAUUCAGGCACCUCGCCGUGGAUUCGUCUACACAACGCACGUGGAGCGGCGUUGGUAGGACAAUGGAUCCAUACUAUUUAACUGUUAACAUUUUAGCAUAUGUAAUUCAUUUAUAAUUUCAUUAAAGUAUUUGUUUUUGUUAUCGAACAAUCUAUUCGAAAAAUA